AGUAUGUUUUGAACAUUCGCCGCGAUGGGUUCGCUUUCGACAGUCUUACAAAAAAAUAAAACACGAUAAAUACUCUAAAACAUAAAAAAUUCGGAAAAUGGAAUCGACAUUAAUAAAUUAAAUAUAUUACCUUAAACCACAAACGGACGCAAAAAGAACUGGUUAAAUAAUGUUAAACACGCAAGAACAGUUGUCAGGUGCAUUAAAAGUGUAAAGCACCAAACAAAAAAGUGAAAAAUAUACAUAUAUAUGUAUGUGCCGUUACGAAACGAAUGCAAAAUACGGGCUUAGCAUAAAAUUUUUAGAAAGACAGUGAAAUUGCAUAUUUACGCAGUUAAAACUCAUUAUAAUUUCAAAACGUUUAUUAAUAAAAAACAAAACAAAGAAACGAAAAAUAAGAAAGGAAGCCAAUUACGCUUUGUACAAACAGUAACCUUUCGGACUUGUGGGCAUUGCUUUAAAAGAGUAAGCAAGCUACAUUGUACUGCUCUGUUCAACGGACACUUCUGCGAGAAGAAAGCCCCACAGCUGUAUAAUGAAAUGGAGAUGCAAAGCUACUCUGGUCAUGGACCAUCGACAGGCACAUCAGAAACAGCAACAGCAGCAGUUGCAUGUGCGUCAGACGCAGCAGCAACAUUCACACAGCGACACUUCAAUUGUCGGCUGGAAGAGGCUGAUUGGCCUGGGGUUUUCCAGCCGUUUAUUGACUGCAAAAGCAGCCACACCAACAGAACAUACUACGCCUCCAGCAGCAGCAAAAACCACUUCCUGCUCACCAGCAACAUCCUCAUUGACGGACGCAACAACACAUUCCAGUGCGCACGGCAGGCUUUCGAUGAAGCGGAGCACAGCGCAUUCUAUAGCUGCAGUGCGGAAAGACCAUUGUUUGAAAACUCCACAUUAAGGAUGAAGGCGCGACUGUUGCGAUGGCCGCACGUGGCGUAUGAGCACUUUCGACUGGCAAUCAACGGGGCCCUUCGUGAUUAUGCGAGUGAUACAUUUAGUGAUAGCGAUGAGGGAUGCAUGGUAUUGCAAUGUGAGCUAGGCGAAGCCAAGGAACUAUUGCUUUGUCAUGUGCAACGCGAGAGGGAACCACAUCAGGAGUUGGAAAGCAUGGAGGAGGGCUUUUCAAACGACCUGGGCCCAGAACGCGAUGGAUUCUGGUCCUUCCUUAACCUAAGUGAACUAAUGAAGCCAGACUACGACUCUCUGGGCAUCAUAAAUGUUACCAGCACCAGCACCAGCUUAGACAUGAUUUUGCCGAGCUUUACAACCCUGAACACGACCACGGUCUCGACUGCAGAGACGGAUGCCGACCUCGCGGUAACAAAGAGCCUUCUGGACCUAAGUCCCCAUGCCUACGACUGGCUAUUCCUGUUCGUGGUGUUUUUUAUCUUUGCGGGUGGCCUGGGUAAUAUGCUCGUAUGCGUGGCCGUGGCCUUGGACCGGAAACUGCAGAAUGUCACUAACUAUUUCCUGUUUUCCCUGGCUAUAGCCGAUCUCCUGGUUAGUUUGUUUGUGAUGCCCAUGGGUGCGAUACCAGCAUUUUUGGGUAAGUGUUCAAAUAGUUAUUGGCCACUUGGCUUCACCUGGUGCAACAUUUAUGUGACGUGUGAUGUACUGGCCUGCUCAUCCAGCAUAUUGCACAUGUGCUUCAUUAGUUUGGGACGCUAUAUGGGAAUAAGAAAUCCAUUGGGCACAAGGCAUCGAUCUACAAAACGAUUGACUGGUAUAAAGAUAGCCAUUGUCUGGGUGAUGGCCAUGAUGGUAUCCAGCUCAAUAACAAUGCUUGGUGUGGUCAAUGAGAAGAACAUAAUGCCGAAGCCUAAUAUAUGCGUGAUCAAUAAUCGCGCCUUUUUCGUGUUUGGAUCUCUGGUAGCUUUUUACAUUCCCAUGCUGAUGAUGAUUACCACAUACGCUCUAACUAUUCCCCUCCUCCGGAAGAAAGCGCGAUUUGCCGCCGAACACCCGGAAAGUGAAAUUAUUCGCAGGUUGGGUGGACGCUUUACCCUAAGGCCACAGCAGAGCCAGCAGAUGUUCAGAUGUUCAGAGGGUUCUGGCGGCAAGAACAAAUUCCUAACAUUGGGCGACAGCCAUCGCAGCUUCCACACUACAGGAGAGGUUGAGGGUAGAACUCCUACCAGAGGGAGAGGCGUAGAGCCAGUGGAACGGCCUUUGAUGCUACAUCGAUCGGCGAGUAGCGGGAGCAUGGGCACGGUUAGUUGUCGUAAAGGCAUCAACGGGAGUAGCGGAACUGGAGAAAGUAGGCACAGGCCGACAGGCACUAGCUUUCAGUUCUCUGGCGACGGCAUCCUGCGGCACUCAUCGUCUCCCGCCUCGAACUGCCAGUCCACAUGCAUGUGGCGCAAGCACGGCGGCUAUCCGAACCUAAUGGCAAGUUUUUUAAUCAAUCGCAGUAAACGAAACAGCUUGUCGGCAAAUGCCGUUGCCACGGAGCAGAAGGCCACCAAGGUGCUCGGAUUGGUGUUCUUUACCUUCGUUCUGUGCUGGUCCCCUUUUUUUAUCUUGAACAUUAUAUUUGCCGUCUGCCCUGAGUGCCAAGUGCCGGAGCGCGUAGUGAAUACCUGUCUUUGGCUUGGUUAUGUCUCCUCGACGAUCAAUCCAAUCAUCUACACCAUAUUCAAUCGAACGUUCCGGGCGGCCUUUAUCCGCCUGCUUAAGUGCAACUGCGAACGUUCCGGCCGCCCGUUGCGUUUUCGCUCAGUGACAGAAGGACGAGGCGCUCUCAGCCUGUGCGCCCCUUCGGCCUUGCCGCUGGCCAUAUCCUUCCAGGGGGUGCCACUCAUGACACCAUCCACGGCAAAUGCGACGCCGUUGAGCGAGUUCCGCGGCAGCUGCCGCACGGUCACAGACGACUAGUGCUGAGCCAUGAGGAGCACCAUCAUGUACAUAGCUGGGAGAAAAUAUACGAAUUUAUACCGACGUAACUGCAAAGACCAAGCGGAGUCUACUGUAAUUAGCAGCUUUCCCUACAUAACUACAGGGCCUAUCUUUUAAAUCACAAUCAAUUUAAGGAAUUUUGUAGAUUCUGUAUAGAAAAUAGUAAAGUUUGAAGUCGUCCAUAUCA